AUGGUCAGACAUGCGACAAGCCAAGAGUCUGGAUAUGCGACACGCAGUACUGAUAAGCAACCGGCCGGUAUGUCAGGAGAUGUGUCAUUUGACGAGUACGGCGCACGGCCUAAAGUUAGAUUUCCAGACGAAGGUAAACCAAGCUUUACACCACAUGCUGGGGUUGACGACGUUGUGACGGGCCAUCUAUUUGACACGCCAAAACCACGGAGGCAGUCAAUAGAGACAGACAAUGCCAAGACAGGCCAUAUAAUCAAGCCAGCCACGUAUGACGGCACAAAUUCCUGGCUUGACUACAAAUCACAUUUUGAGGCUUGUGCUGUUGUAAACGGCUGGACAGAUGACAAGAAGGGUCUUUACUUAGCUGUAUCACUGCGUGGUCAAGCACAGUCAGUGUUAGGUGACUUGCCAAGCGAUACUGGUCAGCACUAUCAGACACUGGUCAGGUCCCUUGAGGAGAGGUUCUCCCCUCCUAACCAAACAGAUCUGUAUCGUGUUCAGCUCAAAGAACGAAGACAAAGAGCAUCUGAGUCCAUACCAGAGUUAGGUCAGGCCAUUAGACGACUAACCAAUUUGGCCUACGCAUCAGCACCUGGUGAUGUGCGAGAAACUCUAGCCAAAGAUGCGUUUGUUGAUGCUUUGGUAGAUUUAGAGAUGAGGAUUCCCUUAACUCACUUGCGCCGUCCUCAAAACCUGAAUGAAGCCAUCCGGCUAGCCGUUGAACUUGAGGAUUAUAAUCGAGCAGAGAGCAGUCACCGAGAGGCAAGAGGCCGUUUGCGAGUAUCGGCAGCAGAAUACUCAUCUGCUGAGGGUAGCCAGAACAGUCUUGAGACAUGGAUGAAGUCCAUGGAGGCUAACAUGAAUACGUUAACCAACGAGAUUCAAAAGCUGAAGCUGAAUCGGCCAGUCAGGAAAACCUUUGACAAACCAGGAUUAGGCAGGCCAGUACGAAGUAAACAGACGUCAGCCUGUCCUAGUGGAUCAAUUGGUGUUGGAUCUUCCCUAGAUGAAGCAGGCAUGUACAUAGACAUUUCUGUGCAAGGUGUCCAAGCUAAAUUCCUGGUUGACACAGGGGCAACACUGACAUUGUUGUUCUCAGCAAUGUACGAGAAAAUUGCAGAGAACAUCGGGCCAAAGCUGCAGAAGGUUAACCAGAGUAUCUUAGCUGCCAAUGUAAGUGAGGUAUCUGUCAAGGGUAAGGCGGACAUAACACUUAAUAUUGAGGGCAUGGUAGCACACUCUACUGCUGUCAUUUCGGAGAUUCAGGCAGAUGGAAUACUGGGGCUUGACUUUCUAUUGUCAAAUGCAUGUACGGUCGACAUGAGUCAAAAGGUACUUCACAUUAAAGAUAAGAAAAUACAAUUGUUUGUUGAGGGUUACAUAGGCUGCAACAGAAUAACCGCAACAGAUAUACUCAGCAUACCCCCUAGAAGUGAGAUUAUCGCGCAGGGACAGGUGUUGAAGGACGGCAAACAUGUUCCAAGGAAAACGUUUUUGGUGGAACCAUUUGUAUCUGAUAUACCAAGAGAAGGCUACAUCACAGCCAGAACAUUGGUCUUACCACAAGAGACGGUACCAGUCCGUUUGUUCAAUGUAGGAGAGGAAUCAAGAGUCAUUUACCCAGGAACAGUUACUGGACAACUCAAAAACUUCAAGCCACUUGACGCGAAAGCAGAAAAAGAAGCUAAUAAAUUUUUGUUUGAGUAUACCAAUCUUUUUGCAAAAUGUGAUAAAGAUCUAGGGCGUACAGGCAUCGUCAAACACAGGAUAGAUACAGGGGACAGUCAUCCUAUCAAAAUAUCACCAAGGAGAGUGCCCGCUCAUCUAACAGAUGAGGUUGACCAACAGCUGAAUGACAUGCUGGAAAGAGGUGUGAUCGAGCCAUCAAACAGCCCAUGGUCAGCGCCUAUUGUGCUAGCGAAAAAGAAAGACGGUACAUUCCGCUUUUGCAUUGAUUACCGCAAGUUAAAUAGCUGUACAAUCAAGGACGCAUACCCCCUUCCCAGAAUAGACGAGUCACUGGAUCAGUUGAGUGGUAGCUCGUGGUUCUCUACUCUAGAUCUCUGCUCAGGAUAUUGGAAGGUAGAGAUGGAGCCAGACGACAAACAAAAGACAGCCUUUGCCACACGCCGUGGACUUUUCCAGUUUAAGGUUAUGCCAUUUGGCUUAUGUUGUGCUCCUGCAACAUUUGAGCGCCUAAUAGAAAACGUUUUGGCAGGCCUUCACUGCGUUACGAUGAAAAUCAGUCAUUUCUACAGUGGCUGGAACGUUAUUGUUGACAACUUGCACAAACGAUCACGUUACGUGAAUGAUUCCGCACGAUUAACGCACGAUUAA